UGUCCCUUCACUCGGAAUGAGAUGGUCAGGGCCGGCCUGAGGGAAGGUUUGACCACACCCUUCGCUGAGACCACCUUGGUGUCACCGUUAGUACCCAACAUCCGGGUUCCCUGCAGCUCAAAGGUGCAACUUGACUGAAAUCCCUCCCCCUCCCCGAUGAAUAGGAGAAGGAGCAUCUGUGCGAGGGGUGAAAAGUACCUACCUACCUACCUACCUACCUACCUACCCAGUUAUCUUUACUCAUCUAUUCUAGUAUCUUUGGUCGUUGCACAUGGGUUUGGGGAUGGAGUGGGGGUGACGUUACCCACAACUACUCAUGUACUAGUAUCAGUAGUAGUAGCACGGAGUACUACAAAGGUAUUCGACAUGGAGUACAGAUGGUUGAUGGAUCUGCCAAAGCCACGCAAAGGGAGGGAAGAUUGGUCGUGCGUGCGUGCGUGUGUGCGGGGAAAGGAAAGGAAGAAUUGAGUUGGGAUCAGGGGUCUUCUUUCUUUGCUUGAGGUCUUUGCUUUUUCUUAUUGUGGAGGUUAGAGUACUCCGUAGGCCAGGACACUGUAUGUAUGUAUGCAUGCAGCAUA